AGACUACAGAGAGAUCCGGAUUCGUAAGCACAAAUGAAUGAAGGGGAGAAUCCCGUUGGUGAAGUAAACGAGGAGAGAGAAACAUCUAGAGAGAGAAACAAUAUAACAAUAGGGUACUCCGUCUGUACUGUCAAAUCUCACACGUAUCUACUCUUUAUCUCUCUCUCUUUCUCUCUCUGUCUAUCUCUCCUGUUCAUGAUUUCAGGGCCUCUGUUCAUCCUCAGCUCCCUCCCCAGACAGACGGAGAUUUGAUUCCACCGCUCACCUUUCCCAUACUUUCUCGGGAAAUUUCACUUUUUCUCUUUCCGGAAAAAUGUCCCACAAUUUCCAGAAUUGGAGUGGUUUUGAGUGAAUUGAAGUUUUAACAGAUAUGGAAGGUGAUAUAUUUUCUGGCAUUGGUAAUGGAACACAAGUAGAUGGCCAAGUUUUGCAGACAUUUCAGGAGAGCUUUGUGCAAGUACAAAACAUUUUGGAUCAGAACAGGUUGCUAAUCAAUGAGAUUAACCAAAACCAUGAGUCUAGGAUCCCCGACAACUUAACCCGAAACGUGGGCUUAAUUAGAGAGCUCAACAACAACAUUAGAAGGGUGGUGGAUCUUUACGCUGAUCUUUCGACCUCCUUUUCCAAAUCCAUGGAAGCUUCAUCUGAAGGAGAUUCGAGUGGGACUAUAAAAUCGAAUGGGAAAAGUGGUCAGAAGAGAAUUAGGUCCGGGUAAUUGAUUAAACAAUCAUCUUUAACACUUUCUGCAAGAAAAAGAAGUGAUUUCCAUCCAUGGCUGGUAUAGUUUGAUUCCAAAUUGUAACUUCUCAUUAUCGGUAAUUUGCACUUUAGUUUCACCUUUGUUGUCAUCAAUUUUCUUCAUAAAUAAUAGCUUCAGACAUCAUCCUUUUUAAUUCUA